AGGAAUGAAUAGUGAAAAAAAAGCUUAAGCAAGGUCAUUUCUUGGAACAGCUAGGAAAGGCAAAGUGCAGGCAGGCAGAGGAAAACAACCAGAAAUUUUUGGGGAAAGGGCGAGGGCCCUCUGCAAGGCUCUGAAAUGACAUUCCGUUUGCUGGGCUGUACUGUUCUGCUCCUACUCGGGGUGCAUUGCAGUGCACAAAAUGAUCAAAAUGACUGUGGACCACCACCCAGAAAAGAAAUUGAAGAACUUGCAGACCCCUCAGACAAAGAGUCUUAUUCACAUGAUGAAAUAGUAUUUUACAAAUGCCGCCCUGGCUACAUAACACUUGGACGCAUUAGAUAUCGAUGUAACAAUGGAAACUGGGGAAAGGUUUUCCCACCAGUAGACUGCAGAAAAAAGUCUUGUGGACAUCCUGGAGACAUCAUGUUUGGCUCUUUUGAACUCAUCCAUGGAGAUGAAUUUGUGUUUGGUGUUCGUGUUGUGUAUCGGUGUGAUGAAGGAUAUCAGAUGCUCAGCCAAACAAAUUAUCGUGAUUGUCGGGCACAUGGAUGGACCAAUGAUGUCCCUCAUUGUGAAGUAAGGAAGUGUUUCCCAGUAAAAGGACCUGAAAAUGGAAGGAUUAUUAUGACUGGAAUACAAGACCUGGACCAAGAAUUUCUAUUUGGUCAGGUGGUACGAUUUGAAUGCAACGUGGGCCUCAAACUCAAGGGAUCUGAGCAAAUCUUUUGCACAGCCCACGGAAACUGGAGUGCAUCUGUACCCAAAUGCGAAGAAAUAACUUGCGAACCGGAAGAUAUUGAACAUGGAAGUAUAAUAGCUCCAAAGACACUUUACAGGGAUGGCGAUCGAAUACAGUUUUCCUGUGAUCAUGGCUAUAAACAUAUCGGGAGAUCUGAUGCAAUAUGCACUCAUAAUGGAUGGAAUACAAGGCUUGCAUGUACAGAAAUUAUAUGCCUCCCUCCACAAGUACAAAAUGGUAUUUUCCAGCCUAAGGAGAAUCAGUACAGGUAUGAAGAUAUCAUCCAAAUGCAGUGUGAUCGCGGGUAUAAGGGCAGUGGACAAAUUUCCAAAUGCACUGAGAGUGGAUGGACACCUCCCCCCAAGUGUAUGCUGGGCUGUGACUAUCCCAUUAUAGAAAAUGGAAGAUUAGAUGCUUAUUAUGAAGACAGGAGGGUCAACAACAUUCCAGUCUUACUCGGACAUCCAGUCCAGUUCAGAUGCAAUCGUGGUUUUCUGACAUCAAAUGGGUAUGAAUCGAUACGAGUUCAGUGUACCAGAUCGGGCUGGAAUCCGGAACCAAAAUGCCUCAAAAUAUGUCGAGAUGAUGUACAAGUGCCACAUGGUCGGCUCCAUGGUUCCUAUUGGGGGAGAGAGUACAUAGAAGGUCAAGGCCUUUCAUAUACAUGCGACAGGGGAUUCUCCCCUGCAGAUCCGCACGCAAGGGCCAGGUGCACAAAAGAUGGCUGGUCACCCAAUCCACUUUGUGUCCCUGAAGAAACACUACAUACAUGUGAAAACAUCCCUGUGCUUCAUGGCUUUUUCUUUGAAACAAGGGAAAGGUUUCCUCUCAACGAGAGAGCAAAAUAUCGCUGUCAGAGUGGCUUCACGACUUUAGAAGGACACAACACAGGAGAGACACAGUGCCUUGUAAAAGGAUGGGAACCAGAGCCAAAGUGUGUCCAAACAUGCUCAAAGCCAUCAGAAGAGAAUGCUAUCUUCAACACAACAAAAUCAGUUUUCUUACCUGAGGAAACACUUAACUAUCAAUGUAAAGAUGGGUUUGAAACCCUUAAAAAGACCUCUGGUGACCAGAUCGCAUGCACAGGGAAUGGAUGGGUUCCAAAUCCUGGAUGUCAGUUAAUACAAUGUGAAACUUUGUCUCUGGAAAACGGGACUGUUCAUCCGAGAAACGAACGGUAUUUCCCCAAAGAUGUGGUGCAUUUUUCCUGUAUCAGACCACAGCACAGAGUUGGGCCUAGCUCUGCCCAGUGUUAUAACUUUGGAUGGUCUCCACAGCCUCCAACUUGCAAAGAAACGGUCAACCCUUGUCAGCCACCACCCGACAUUUCAAACGGAACUAUGAUCGGUGACCCUGCUGAAGGAUAUAAACAUGGUGAGAUGGUGGAAUAUGAGUGUAAUUUGAAAUUUAUUAUGUCUGGAUCAAAGAAGAUUAUGUGUCUUGAUGGGAAAUGGACAACUUUACCAUCUUGCACAGAAGUGGAAGAAAAAGUCUGUGGACGACCUCCCAAUAUUACAAAAGGAUAUGCUCGCAGCUUUGACUCAGACAAAUAUUUUCAUGGAGAAACUGUGAACUAUGAAUGUGAACAAAAUUUUGUCAUUGUCGGGACCAACCCAGCCAAGUGUCUCCAAGGAGAGUGGGAGUUUCCUUCAUGUAUUAAUCAUGCAAAAAGAUGUCUGCGUCCACCGAAUGCAAUGUCGCUGAAUUUUCUGAAACAGCAAUAUGACAACAGUGAAGUUGUAACCUACAGCUGUGACUCCAAUCUACAUGAAACAAAAUGUGUUAAUGGAAAAUGGUUGCCCAAGGUAGAAUGCAAAGAACUCUGCCCGCUGCCACCUCAGCUUCCAAAUGCCGUCACCAUAGCUGAGCUGAAAAACUACGAGAAUGGUGAAGAGAUAAGCUUCAGAUGUAAGGCGCAUUUCCUUCUUAAAGGCCCUCAAACAAUAUUGUGUGAAGAUGGAAGGUGGCAAACACCACCAGAGUGCAUUGAUUUACGUUGUAGCGACCCCCCUACAAUUGACCAUGGUGAGGUAGUAAAGGGAAUAAACAGCACGCCGAGGAAAUAUCUUCCUAGUGUAAAUGUGCAUUAUCUUUGCCAUGAAGGUUUUCUCAUUAGUGAGCCAAGCUAUACAACAUGUCGAAAUAAGGAGUGGUCCAAAGUACCAUCUUGCACAGAAAAACCAUGUGGAAAGCCCCCCAAACACAACAGUGUUAUAUUUGUUGGACGCCCAAAAACCAGCAAUGCACCUGGGACAACAAUGCACUACAAGUGCCGUCAACAUUUAACUGCUGAAGGACCACUAAAUGUGACCUGUCAAAGAGGAGCAUGGCCACAAUCUCCUACCUGUCAAGAUAGAACCUGUGGACACCCACCUAGAGUUGCCAAUGCCGACAUUGUGGAUGGUACAGCAAACGUCUAUCUGCCUGGCCACCAAGUGCGUUAUCAAUGUCGUGAAGGUUUUGAAAUGCCUGAAUCCGACACUAUAACAUGUGAGAAUAAGAAGUGGUCACAAGCACCAAGAUGUGAAGAUGUUACAUGUUCUCCUCCACCUCAUAUUCCUGAUGGUCAGAUUUAUGAACUAAGAAAGCAGAGAUAUUUGCCUUUUGAGAAGGUGAGGUACCAUUGUCACCAACCUUACAGUCUUUCUGGACCUCCCACAGUAAUGUGUUCGAACAAACGAUGGACAGCAGUACCAAGAUGCAUAGAUAAUGCAGGGAAAUGUUAUCGCCCACCUGCUAUAGAAAAUGGAGAUACCGUGAACAUUCCCAAACCAGAAUAUAUGCCAGGCGAUUGGGUGCGAUAUCAGUGCCAAAAUCUCUACAUAAUGGAAGGAUCUCCAGAUGUACAAUGUUACCAUGGUCAUUGGUCAAACAUACCAAGAUGCAUAGUUCCUUGUACAGCAACUGAAGAAGAUAUGAGGCAUAACAAUAUACGGCUAAGGUGGAGAAAAAAUGAAAAAGUGUAUUCAGAAUCUGGAGAUGAAAUAGAAUUUAGCUGUGUAAGCGGUUAUCGGAGUGAUCCAUCCUCCCAAGCUCCAUUCAGAGCACAAUGUAGAAAUGGCAAGUUGGAAUAUCCAAGAUGCAUAAGAUGAAUGGGAUUAAGCAUGCAGCAGACAUUUUUAACCAGAAGCAUAUGAUCUUCAAUAAUCAUUGAUCACUUAUUUUUCAGACUAUCAAAUCAAGCUUUUUUUUUUUUUACGAAUAUGUUUUUCAUGGAUGAUAUGCAGCUGUUCACAAUGGAUCAUGGAUGUAAAAUGGAAAACUUAUUUCAUGGAAGCCACACUUCCAAUGUUUGUCAGGGGUAAAGUUAUAAAAUGGCUGUAAUUAUAGGAUUCCGCCCACUUACAAUAAAAUUCAGUUAAAAACAUUUCAAGUCUGACAUUACAGAAAGAAGCAUCAGCUAUACAAGGGUUUGCAUAUGCAUUUCUCAGCCUAGACAUCUGAGCUUUCAAUUUGAACUUGCAGACAGAACUAUACAGUGACUGUGUAUAAUUGCACUGGAUUAUUGUUAUUUUUUUGCCUGUACAGACUUUAUGUUCAUUUUAAAAAAUGAAAUAAAAAUACUUAUUUGCAAAACUGAA